CUUAAACCCCUUGCGACGUGAGACGACAACGACAACACCCCGCACACACACACAAAAACACAAUGCCGCACACCAACGUCCUCUUCACCGGCGCCACGGGAUACAUCGGCGGCACCGCGCUGUACCGCUACGCCGCGUCCGACAUCGGCCACCACUUCAAGCACGCGAAUGUGUUCGCGCUCGUGCGCGACCCCGCUGUCGCGGCCAAGGUCGAGGAGCUGAACGCUACGCCGUUGGUCGGCACGCUCGACGACGCCGCGGCCGUCGAGAAGCUCGUGCUCGACAAUGAGAUCACCACCAUUGUCCACAUGGCCGACGUGCUCAACGAGGCGCACGAGACGGCGCUCCUCGGCGCCCUCGCAAAGGUCAAGUCGGACAACGAGAAGCACUACAUCACUAUCGCCUCGGGCGACUCGUACGGCAACGUGUCCAAGUUUGGCCGUCACGACCCCGUGUCCGACCUCGAGGACCUGUACGCCGCCGCGGCCGCCGCGCCGCCGUACAUGGGCCGCGCGCUCGAGACGGCCAUCCACGACCUGGCCGCCGCGGACGGCAUCAAGAGCUAUAUUGUGUAUGCUCCGCUCGUUUACGGCAAGGGCCAGGGCAUUGGAAACCAGAUGAGCGUGCAGAUCCCCGCUGUCAUCCGCGGCGCGUACCACCACCGCGAGGCCAACCACUCUCACCCUGGAGAGGAGGGCUGGUCCAUCGUCCACGUCGAGGACAUUUCCGACCUCUUCCUCAAGGUGCUCGCGUCGACGCUGCCGGGCGCACAGUACCCCGCCAAGAGCGGCAAGGCGGGCGGGUACUACUUCGCCGAGGCGGGCUUCGUGUCGUGGAAGGAGCUGUCCGACCUCGUUGCGGCCAACCUGCACAAGCGCGGGUUCGUCGACAGCCCAGAGGGCAAGCAGUUCCCCGGCGUGCCCGAGGACCGCAGCGCCGCCGUGCAGCGCCUCAACGCCAGCCCGUUCUACUACUCGCUCGUGUUUGCCGGCCUCGUCAACCUCCAGGCUGGGCGCGGCCGCUCCAUCGGAUGGGCACCCAAGUAUGACAAGAGGUGGCUCGUCGAGCACUUUGACACCGAGGUCGAGCCCUUGCUCGCCCAGAACUUCAAGUACGGCGCUCGGGUCGAGACUGGCGACAAGGACCUCGACGAGGCGUGGCCUUCCGACUUGUAGGUUAAUAAUAGUGGAUGCAGUGCAGUUGUUCUUGAGGUGUGUGGGGUCAGAGGUGCCAUCGAGUGAUCGAGGUGCUCAGUGGAGAGAGUCAACGGUGCAGACGCAAUACAAAGCGAUUGCUCAUGCUUCAGGCCCUUGCCAACUGCUGCCCCAACCGUUCCUCAGCUCCGCAUAAUCCCACCACAUGC